UUCUUCUACUUGUUGUUUACUGUGUUUGUUUGUUUGAGGGGGUUUUUUGCAAGUUUUAGGACCUUAAUUUUUUUGUUUAUUUUCAUGUCUUUUUUUUUUUGAGACACCAUACAAAUUACAGGCAAGAUUUACGCGAAGAUUCAGGAUCAGGAAUAAGGAUCAACUUACGGAUUCAUUUCUGGCCAUUCCAACGAGAAAUACCACUCAUUAACGCCAUAAAAAUGGAUGUUGUACCAACUGGAAUGCGAGGCCUUAGGGCGUGUCUAGUUUGCUCUCUUGUAAAGACUGCUGACCAAUUUGAGACUGAUGGAUGUGACAACUGUGCAGAGUUCUUACAGAUGAAAAACAAUAGGGAAAUGGUAUUCGAUUGCACAAGUCCAACAUUUGAUGGUCUGAUUUCUUUGAUGAGUCCUGAAGAUAGCUGGGUAGCCAAGUGGCAGAGGAUAAAUCGUUGUGUCAAAGGAUGUUAUGCGGUAUCUGUAACGGGGGAGCUACCCAAAGGCAUGAAGCAAGAGCUGAAAAGCAGAGGAGUCAUCUACAAGUCAAGAGAUACGAGUGUCAAAUCAUGAUAAAACAUUGCAUCCAUUGUAAAUUUGUACAAAUACGAAUGUCCAGAGGCGUAUCUAGAAGACACGCCCAGGAUAUCACUGAAAUUGAGCCCUCUUCCAACAUUUGACAAGAAGGUAUUAAGUGCUGAUAUGGGACUCUCUUUCAACAUCUAACACCAAUGGUCUCAAUGCUUGUUUACCAUCUGGAGUAAACUUUAACAAGUUUAUGUUAUUUUUGCAUCCUCAUUUGGCAUCGAGACACUCGCCCCCAUUGGUCUGCAGAUAUGCCACUGUAUACCAAUAAACUACUUCAAUAUUCACAUUAUUGACCAUCCUACAGUUAGCAAAUUUGUAGACCAUGCUUCUUUAGUAUCCAGAUUGAUAAGUCUUGAAGCCUACAUUUUCCUGCUUUGGAAAAUCAUGGACAGUUAAAAGUUUGACAAAUAUGAAGUACACGUACACUAGUCGUGUGUAUUGUCUUGAUUUUGACACCCACUUGUAGCUUGUGUGCACUGUGCAGAUAUAUUAGUUUAUUACCAUAUUUGUCUGUAUUGAAAAUUACAUGGUAAAAAUUUCAUUCUGUUUCUGUGGACAUUUAAAGACCUCUAUUUCUAAAGAUACAGCAUCACCUUCAUUUUAUUAAGAGAAGAUAUCAUAUUGUAAACAGGUAUCAAUGAAAGGGGGCAUUUUUUUCAUGUUGCAGUCUUUAAAAAGUUAACUUCAACUUGGAGCUUCAAAUUUAAAACUUUUAUAAAGGUAGAAGCAUAACCUUUUUUCAACUCAUUUUUUAUCAAAACUUGAUGUGUGGUUAGUGAACUACAAAUCAACCACCUUUUUAAAAAAAGAUCGCCUGCAAAUUACAAAUAGUUAGUGCGGAUGAGUCAGCCCUGUAUUCACAAGAAUCAUAAAUCUUGAAUUGAAUACAGAAGAGAAAAAGAUCAAAAGGAAAGAAAUUUAAAGAAUUCAUAAUACUGCUUUCAUAUAGUUGUUAAAACAUAUAUCUAAAUCUAUUUUAGAAACUCAAUAUUACAAGUUUUAGAACAAUACUAUUGGGUCAUUCCAUCUGGAUUCACCCAGUGGUUGCACCUGACCCUCUCAGUUUUUACUGUAAAUUGGUACACAAAAAAUUCCCCAUGGCCCAAGCACAAAACAAAAAAAUUAGUCCAAUCGGUUCUCGCGCUACGGCCCGCCCUUUUCUCCUUGUUUUGACAAAAAUGGGCGUGACCUUCAACUUUCAAUGGCCAUUGCGUCGUAAUGUGUUGACCAAUUUUCACGAAAAUGGUACCAUUCAAAAGGAAAUUCAGAGAGGAAUCCAAAACAAGCAUCAAAUAAUGUAUUGGAGCGAUUUAUAAGGUCAUGAGUCAUAAUUUCAUCUGUGUUGCUUGACAUUCAAGGCACUCAAUGUCAGAUAGGUCCAAUCACACUUCAGUAUAUUUUGGAACAAAACCUCUUCAUGCGGAGUAGGAAAUUUUCAUUUCUGAAUUCUGAUGACGUCUUCAUGGUCUGAAACCUGUAUUCCGAAGAUGGAUGUGAGAAAUUUGAACGCAAAAAGCAUAAUCACAGAUUUUCAUGUUCCAGACAGUUAUUAAAGAUGUUUUUGCAGUAUCUUUGCUGUAGGAUUCAUUCUCUAUUUGUAUAAUUUUGUUUAUUUAAAUCAACAAUACCAUUACAAGCUGCAAAUAUCCAAGUUGGAUUUCAUGGAAGGGUAUCUGUUGUAGGAAAAGAAUUGAUAACCACUUGAGAAUGAAAACAAAAAUAUUGAGUACAGUCAAUGGAUGUUUAAUAUCAUUGAUGGGUGUGAGGACCAUGCAUCUCAGUUUUGGAGAAAUUGCUUUUUCUUUAAUGACAAAAUAAUCUGUCGAGUGAUAUCCUGUUCAAUUCCCAUCUUUUUAUUUCAAAUAAUUAAGCUACUAUACUUUGUCAAAAGGAAGGUAAUCCCAUUGGAUAGUCUACAGUAUAAUGCUAGCCAUAAUUCAAUUUUUGUUUACUCUUUGAUUUUUUUUUUUGGGGGGGGUACAAAUGUUUUGUAGUGUUCAAUGCAAGGGACCAAUUCUUGAGUUGUUGCAAGCUGUGAUUAUUUUGUUAAAAUCCUUGGUUUCGAUGAA